GGUUUAUUUUUUUAUCCGUUUGGUUUAACUGCCGAACUACAUUUAAACCCACUAAAACAAGCGCGAACUCUGUUUGACUUCCGCAUUCUUACACUGAAUGCCGCGCUUCCGGAUCAGCCAAUCACAGAGUGGCGGCGGCGCAGGGCUAAUUUGCAUGAGACAUAUUUAAAAUGAGCCGGCUCUGCUUUCUCAACACGCAGUUUCUCACACUGAAAACAGCAAACAUGCCUGAAGGAGGGAAAGGAGGAGCACCUAAGAAGGGCUCUAAGAAAGCCGUUGCUAAAAUUGCCAACAAAGGUGGCAAGAAAAGGAGAAAGUCCAGGAAAGAGAGCUAUGCCAUCUACGUCUACAAGGUCCUGAAGCAGGUCCACCCCGACACUGGUAUCUCUUCCAAGGCGAUGGGCAUCAUGAACUGCUUUGUGAGUGAUAUCUUUGAGCGUAUCGCUGGUGAAGCCUCCAAACUGGCUCACUACAACAAGCGCUCCACCAUCAGCUCCAGGGAGAUCCAGACCGCCGUCCGCCUGCUCCUGCCCGGAGAGCUGGCUAAACACGCCGUGUCUGAGGGCACCAAGGCCGUCACCAAAUACACCAGCUCCAAGUAAACACUUCAACUGGUCAACAAACCCAAAGGCUCUUUUAAGAGCCACCCACAUCGUCUUCCAGAGCAAAUUCUGUAUUAUGU